AAUAUUUCCCAGUCGUACCCGGAAGUAUUCAGGGUGACAUUUCUCACAAUAUGUACCGGCGUGAUAGCAUGCGUUGCUAAUGUUACGUUGAAACACAGAUUUAAUCGUAUCCACACAUCAUCAUUAUAUCAUUAAAGGUUAUUCAGUUAGGAUGGCAGCUUGGGGCUGCAGGCUAUUGAGUCGGGGAGAAUCGCUUUUAAGAGGAGCACGUUUUAUUGUCAGUCGAUCAGCACCAACAGCAGAAAGCAGUGUGAUUGGUGUCCAGUUUGUGCGGACAAUCAAAAGCUCAACAUGGUGGGAUGAACAUCUCUCAGAGGAGAAUUCCUCCUUUCUGAGAGAACUCAUUCCAGAGGAGUACAACAGCCAGACUGCAAGCAAGCUCAACCCCCUUAAAGAUGAGCCAUGGCCUAGGCACCAGUGGGAAAAAGGGAGUAGCAGAGUUGGUUUGGUGGCCUUGAAGCUGGGGAUGAUGCCCAUCUGGACCAAAUCUGCAGAAAGACAAGUGGUCACCAUGCUCCAGGUGCUCGACUGCCAUGUCAUUAAAUACCUGCCCAAAGAAGAAUAUGAUGGGCGUGCUCCAGCUCUCAUUGUAGGGGGCAAAAACGUGUCUCCAUUUUAUAGGUCGGAAGAGGAUAUGGAGGUUUUCCGGAAUGCUGGGGUCCCCCCAAAGCAGAAGAUGACAACGUUUAAGGUGUCCGAUAAUGCCAUCUUAAAACCAGGCACUCCGCUCUACGCUGCCCACUUCCGCCCGGGCCAAUACGUUGACAUCACGGCCAGAACAAUCGGCAAGGGCUUUCAAGGUGUCAUGAAGAAGCACGGGUUCAAAGGCCAGCCCGCGUCUCACGGGCAGACCAAGACCCACAGAAGGCCGGGGGCUUCAGGCCCCGGGGGGGAUCCAGCCAAAGUCUGGAAGGGGAAGAAGAUGCCGGGUCGGAUGGGGAAUGUUUUCAGCACCACCCACGGGCUGAAGGUUUGGAGAGUCAAUACCAAACAUAACGUGAUUUAUGUGAGCGGUUCAGUUCCCGGGCACAGGAACUGCUUAGUCAAGGUGAGAGACACCAUUCUGCGCAAACACUUGGAGGCCAUACAGAAUCCCCCGUUCCCCACCUUCUUCGCCGACGGGGAUGAAGAGCUCCCUGAGGACCUGUACGACGAGGACCUGUUCCAAUUUGGGGAGCCCUCAGUCUCCUUGGCCUGAAAACUCGGCCGGCGUCUGGGACAUGCAGACCAUGUGACACCCGCAUAUCCUCUACUCGUCUUUGGCCCCUCGUCGCUAUGGCGACCCACUUUUUAAAUACAAAGACAAGGCUGUGAGCAUGAGGACAGAGAACACGUAAAGUAGAUUUCUGAGGAAGUUCUGUGCUCUUUGAAGUUACUGAAAUACAAUCCAAGCUUCAUCUGGCAUAGCUAUUCACACAACAGAAGGACACCAUGUAUGUUUAUUUAUAAAGCAGAAUGGUCAUUAAAGUUGACGUAUUUUGUGUCCGAGACUGUUUGUACAUCAGAGUGAUAACAUUUCAGAAGCCUGUAUGUAAAAAUAAUGUGUUAAAAGCCCAAUUCACAAAGUGUGCUGACACCUGUCAUGUUUGUAAAAAAAAUAAAAUUGCAUGGUAUGAAUAAGCCAUUAA